AUGACUGUAGCAUAUCCGUUGAUCGCCCGUCGAAAAAAGGACGGCAUUGCUUACCUGGCUUGUUCACUAUAUCCACAAGCUCGUAGGCGGCAGAUCGAGGCUUUGACUCUCUACACGACGUGGCUCGUUUGCUGGGAUGAUGCUGUUGACGCUAACGAGGGCGAUCUUGCGGGUGACUUUAUGCAAGCAGAGCGUUGGAGGGAGCAGACUAUGCGCAUGAUGCGUGAGGCAUUGGCCGUUGAUGAAACGAACAUGAGUGAAGCGGAUGACGAUCCCAUCAAUGGCGUGUUUAGAGAGUUCGGUGCGCGGUUCUGUCAGACGGCGCCUAAUGAUCAACGGCGCCUCUUAUACGAUGAGAUCCAAUUCUUCAUCAACAGCUGUGCAGCCGAGCAGAAACUUCGUUUGGCCAGUCGCAUACCUGAUUACGAGCCGUACAUGAAAAUGAGGAUCGGAACUGUCGGCGGGAGAAUGCUCUGCAGUCUUGUACCAUAUGCAACAGACGAGAGGCUUCCAGCAGCGUUAUCGUCAGCUCCAGAGAUCGUUCACUUGUGGAGACAAGUAAGCAUUCUCCAGAGCUUGAUGAAUGAUAUGCUGUCGCUGAAGAAGGAGUUACGGACUGACUGUGUCAUUAAUGCCAUUGCAGCCAUCAUGGAGCCUGGCAUGAGCUUGGAUAUUGUGGUUGCUAAGCUGGAGGAAAGGAUGAAAAUGGCUGUCAACGACUUUGACGACGCAGCGAAUACAACAUACAAAAACUCAUAG